AAAAACUGUUAAUUUUGACAAUAUAAGAAAAUAGAGUAAAAAAUAAAUGAAUCAAGACCCAGAAGAUGAAAUAUUUAAGCUUCGUAAUGUUCUUUUGAACAAGUCCCAAGAAAGUUCACUUCCUGCCCGUUUUGAAGCGCUUUUUUCCUUAAAAAUACAUGGAAAAAGUGAUAAAAAAGCUAUUGAUGCUCUUGCCGAAGGAUUUUGUGAUGAUUCAGAGCUUUUGAAACAUGAAAUUGCAUAUGUUUUAGGCCAAACACAGAAUAAAAAAGCAAUUAUUCCACUUGAAAAAAUAUUGAGAAGUGAAUCACAAGAAACAAUAGUUCGACAUGAGGCAGCAGAAGCGCUAGGUGCACUAAAUAGUCAAGAAAGUUUACCUCUUCUUAAAUUCUUAAAGGAAAAUGAUCCAUCUGAAAUUAUUCGUCAAACAUGUGAUCUAGCAAUCCAACGUAUUGAAUGGGAAAAUUCGAAUGAAUCAAAAACCGAAAAAUUAUUACCCAAUAUAUUCGACUCAAUAGAUCCAGCACCACCUUUACCAGAAGAUCCAGGAAUUGGAAUAGAAAACGAAGUAAAAAAACUAAGUAGUGAACUAAUCAAUCAAGAAUUACCAUUAUUUUAUCGAUAUCGUGUAAUGUUUAGACUUCGCAAUAUCGGUACAGAUACUGCAAUUGAUGCACUUGCACAAGGUUUUAAAGAUCCAUCUGCUUUAUUUCGACAUGAAAUUGCCUAUGUUUUUGGUCAAUUGUGUUCACUUCAUUCUAUACCAUAUUUAACUAAUGUUUUAUGUAACCAAAUGGAAGAAGCUAUGGUUCGCCACGAAGCAGCUGAAGCAUUGGGUUCCAUUGGUAUCCCUGAUGUUCGAUCUCUUCUUAACAAAUUUGUACAUGAUAAAGAAAGAAUAGUUCGAGAAAGCUGUAUCAUUGCUGUAGAAAUGUGUAAAUCAAUAUAAAUGACUAACAAAUGAC